AUGGGUAACAAGAAGAAGAGAGGUGGUGCACCUUCCCCCGGACAUGGAACGCCGGGAGGCGGCGCGGUCGCGUCGCUGCCCGCAAUAGUCGAGGAGGAGCUGACUGCGCUUCAAGCCAUCUACGAGGACGAGUUCUCCUUCGACGAGCGCGAGCAUCGCCAGUUUCGCAUCCGGGUUUCGCCUCCGAGCCUCGACGAUGAUAAGGACGACCAGAUCCCGCCCGUCGUCGCGGUGAUCGUGGUCCAGUACGUUGCCGGAUAUCCGAAGAAACCGCCGGGCGUCAAGCUGGACCGCGACGAAUCUCGAGGGGUCAAGCCCUUAGUGCUCGAGCAGCUGGAAGCGCAACUUAGGCGACAGGCGGCGGAUCUGGCUGCAACCGAAGGUGACGUGAUGGUUUUCAACCUCGCGGAGGCGCUCAGGGAGAACCUGGCGAACCCAGACUUGGUUCCCACGAGCGAGAGAGACGAAUCGCUCUGGGACAACAUGAACAGGAGGGUGAACGAAAACGGUGGCGACCCGAGUGCGAGUGCAACUGAAGCCGAGACAGCCGGGGGUACCGUAGACAGUCCUGCCGUCGUCGACAGGAAGGAAUCGAUGGAUCUAGGAGGGGACGACGAUGACAAUGAAGCCUACGGGGACUAUGCCCUCCACGAGGAUGACGACUGGGAGGAGGUCGCCGUCGCAGCUGCCGCAGCCGCAGUUGCCGCGGGAGCCGCCGGGGCGGAUCUCGCACCUCGCGGGUUGCCGACGCUCGCACAGCCAAGAAAGCAGAGCUCGAGGAGCGCGACGCUUCAGUUGCGGCUAAAGAGCGAAAAGGAUGCCGCGGGUCGUCAAACAUCAGGUCCUUCUCAGGAGAAUUCGCCAGAGGUGGAGAAGAGUUCAACGUUCGCAGAGAAAUCGUGGGGCAAAAAUGCAGGUGCCAGCGCUCGCAUUAUCGAGGAGGACAAGUCCGAUGAGUCCGAAAGCGAGACGGACGAUUCGGAGUCUUCGUCUUCCGACUCGGAAGAAGAGGAUUCGCAAGAGCCAAGGGACUGGCUCCGGAUGGGGGAGAUCAGCAGCAGGGGUGGCAAAUCAUCCAUGUCACGCGACACCCACUCGUCCCUCGAUCUGGUCGACUCGCUCAUGCGCGGCCUUUCCUUCAUGGGAUCGGCGGUCCACUCUACUGGACACGUACUAGAGGAUGAGGACGACGAUGCCGCCGCCGAUAGUUUCGAUCGAAUGUUUCCACAAGUCGACGAGGGCGACGGUUCAAGUGCAUCUCGGAGAAGGCAUGAGCAGAUGCUCCACCUCCUUGUGGGUCACCUGCUCGGUUUGCUCUGCGAGGCGGGUGGUCCCCUUCCCCACGCUUUACCGGCUCUCACCUCUCAGCUCAGGGCGUGCGGUGUAAUGCCGCGCUGGCUUCGGGAGGUCCUGCUGCAUCGACCCGCACACUUCCACCGGGCUUUCAAAAGAGCCUUUGACGCAGAGGGGCGCGCCGCCUCGGCGAGCGUCAACAGUGACCCGGCAACGCAGUGGGCGAUUCAAAAAUUCUGGGGUGGAGUCUCUGACAACCCAGGCGACGCUCGCAAACAUCCAGGUGCGAUGAUUGGCGUAAACGAGGUUGGAUCGUCUCGGGGUAGGAGCAGGCUUGCAAACUCGGAGUCGGUUCUUGACGCCGCAAAGCUCGAUGUGCCCUCAAAACCAGUGCUUCCUCCAUCCAGGUACGCCACAGACUUCCAGGAGAUUCGUAUGCUCGGACGCGGCGCGUUUGGUCGUGUGGUGCUGGCUGUGAACCGGUUGGACGGACGCGAAUACGCCAUCAAAAAAGUUCGCAUGGCGACCAAGUCUGGCGGACCCGUGUCUCCCGCGGCGGCCGCGAGGGUGCUCCGCGAGGUGGCCACCCUCUCGCGCCUGGAACACAACGCGGUGGUUCGAUACAAUCAGGCUUGGGUCGAGGAGGCUGUGGAGGAGAGGCGCGGGCCGAAGGGUGGAAGGAUGAGCAUGAUAGAUGGUACUUCAGAUGGCGGCACUUCGGAUGAGGCUGCUGCAUGGGGUGGCGGUGGCGGGACCGCAACGGAAGCAACAGAGGCGUCCGGCACGACGGCUACCGGCACAACAGUCACGACCUCGUUUGCGGCACGACGACUGAACGAGCCCGUCACCGUCGCGUGGCUUCAUAUUCAGAUGGAGUACUGCCGCGCAAACCUGCGAGACGUCCUCGACCGAGAAGCGCAUCUGGGAACAGAGAUUGACGAUGAGAGAGCUUGGGCGUGGGGCAGGCAGAUCCUCGAGGGUCUUGCGCACAUUCACGCACAGGGCAUUGUUCACAGGGACCUGAAACCCGGCAACAUCUUCGUUGACGCGAGGGGACAGCUCAAGAUCGGUGACUUCGGGCUCGCAAAGUUUGGCGGCGCCGACGAUGGAAGCUCAGCCGCCGCGGAGGCUGCCGCCAUCGCCGCAGGCGCUGCAGUUGCCGCGCGCGGGGAGGCUGGCGACGAUGACCUUGAGCUUGACACUGACAACCCGGAAAUUGACGUGGAGUCUACUGGCGCCGUUGGAACGUACCUGUACACCGCUCCGGAGGUUGAAGCCGGUUGGGUGAACCAAUCCAGCAAGGUUGAUCUCUACUCGGCUGGGAUCGUGUUCUUCGAGAUGCUCCGGAGGUUCUCAACCGGGAUGGAACGUGCGGUGGAGCUCAAUCAGCUUCGGUCUGCACGUCCAACCGCUGGCCAGAGCGGAAGUGAGCGGCUGCCGCCGGACUUUCGGUCAAAGUACCCGCAGCAGACGACGCUCAUAGCGGCACUCCUGGCUCCAGAUCCUUCAGAACGACCGUCAGCUGCUGAGGUUUUGUCGAGUGGUUUUUUGCCCCCGAAGGGAGGUGACGAGGCGUUGGAGGAGGUGCUGCGGGCGGUGGAGACUGGUGGCGCAGAGCACGACAGAGUUGUCGAGCGGCUCACAUCCGACGGCAGUGCGGGUGCGAGACUGAGCGAGCGAGCGGCAGCGACGGAGCGAGGGGCUCCCGCGGCUGUCGAUGCCGCCGCCGCAGAGCGAAUGUUGACAACACUUCGCGCGACGUUCAGACGACACGGGGCGAGUCCACUGUCGUCGCGAGCCGUGAAUUGGUUGAAAGAAGGGGACACCAUACUCUCGCAGGCGGGAGGUGAGGGACACCGACUACUGUCACCAUCGGGCGCGCUGGUCGUACUGCGGCGAGAUCUUCGGUCGUCGCUGGUACGUCAGGCAGCUGCAGAGGAGGCAACAACGCUUCGAGCAUCCUGCGUGGGUAUAACGUUUCGAUCCUCAGCUCCUGGCCCGAAGGAUGGUGGCACUGGCGGAGCCAAGAGCGGUGGUGGCGGAGGAGGUCUGCCUCGUGAACACGUCCAGGCUGAUUUCGACAUCAUUGCCCCCAAAGAGUCGACUGAGGCUUCCAUCGCUGAUGCCGAAGCGAUCAAGUGUGCAUGGGAUGCGUUAGUCGAGCGAGGCUUGUCGCCGCGGGUGUCCCUUAACCAUCGCAGAAUACUCGCUGCGGCAUGGAUUCGUGCGGGAGUUCCUUCGGAGUUCAGGCCUCGUACGGCGGCGAUAUUGCGAAGGGACGCGUCGCUUACCGCCAUCAGACUGCCCCCUGAAGUUGUCAAGCGCACAGCCGCGCUACACUCGCUUCGCGCGGAGGACCCGGUCGCAGCGACGGCGCAACUCAUGCACGAACUUGUGGGCAGCAGCUCGACGCAGAAGACUGGUUCGACGGUGUUGUUAUCCGCAAUCGAUCACUUGCGUGCGGUGAGCGCACACCUCGAAUGCAUGGGAGUACCCGCAUCCAGGAUCUCGGUGUCUCCAUUGCUUCCGCCGCCCGAGCCUUACCACUGCGCCGGUUUCUUCGAACUUACCGUCCACACGUCAAACUCUCCAUCCACUGGGGCGGCGGCGAACGGUGUGUGCGUCGCCGCGGGUGGCCGAUACGACUCAUGGCUUUCGACUGUGUGGCCGAGUCAUGCCGCGCACCCGCCGCCUGGAGGCGUGGGCGUGAGUGUUGCGGUGAGAAAGGCUGCCACGCUCGCCGCCAGCGCCGCUCAACGAACAAAGUCACCGCAUGUAGUUGCCGCAGCAGCAGCGACUGAUGUCAUCGUGUGCGCGAGAGGUGGAGGGGGACUCAUCCAGGAGCGACUCGCACUCGCCGCCGAGCUUUGGGCGAACGGCAUACGGGCAGAGGUCGUACCUUCGACGGCACCAAGCGCCACAGAACAGUAUCAGUACGCAGGACAGAGAGGCGCCCGAUUCAUGGUCACGGUUGAUGGCGCACUGUUGAGUGCGGGCGAGCGGGUGCGGGUCAAGGGCUUGGGAAGGGGCGGCCAGGAGAGAGACGUGUCCAGGCAAGAGGUUGUCGACUUACUCAGAGGAAUGUUAAGCGGGGGAGGAGGUCGGUGAACAUGCUUGUAGAUGAUUGCAGAAUGAAAGCUAAAACGUUUUCCGGACUACGGCAAAUCGCUUUUGGGGACUACGGCAUUUUGGAUUUAGGGUUGAUUCAGGGUCGAGCUCAGAGCGGCGGGCUGCUAUGUGGACCUGGGUCGCGGCGUGACGGUGGACGAGUGAUCGCAGCACUUCCCAACAAAAGUCGUGCGAUAGUAGAUUGUAAGUAACACGAUGUGAAC